UGAUUAAUGAAGCUGAAUUGUGCAUCGGAGUUAUGACGGUUAUCUCCCGGGGCCCAGCCGUCUGCCCGGCGAAAAGUUUUCGGGUAUUCCGUAAACAAGCGUCCCCCAAGUCUCUUCCCGCCCAUCCCUUUCGCUCCGUUCUUUGAUUCUUAUCCUCCACUCCAACAACAGCCAUUACCUUCACUCUCACCCUCCACUCCUCCCAGCGAACUCGUUCGUUUCGUGUUCAGGAUGGCUACUAGUGCUCCCCCGACCUCGACUGGCAGCGCCAAGGUGGAUGCUGUGGCCCAGGAGGCCCAGAUGAGCGGUCUUCAGCUCUACUCCAGAUUCGCCUUCGCUGGUGCUGUCUGCUGUUCCGUCACCCACGGUGCUCUCACUCCCGUCGAUGUCGUGAAGACCAGAAUCCAGCUGGACCCCGUCACCUACAACCGCGGUCUGAUCGGUGGUUUCCGCCAGGUCAUCCAGAAGGAGGGUGCUGGCGCUCUGCUGACUGGUUUCGGUCCUACCGCCGCCGGUUACUUCCUCCAGGGUGCCUUCAAGUUCGGUGGUUACGAGUUCUUCAAGCAGCAGUUCAUCAACCAGCUCGGUUACGAGACUGCUUCUAACAACCGCACUGCCGUCUACCUGGGUUCUUCCGCUCUCGCUGAGUUCUUCGCUGAUAUCGCCCUCUGCCCUCUGGAGGCUACCCGUAUCCGUCUGGUCUCCGAGCCCACCUUCGCCAGCGGUCUCGUCAGCGGUUUCGGAAAGAUCCUCAAGAACGAGGGUAUCGGUGCUUUCUACUCCGGAUUCGGUCCCAUUCUCUUCAAGCAGAUCCCCUACACCAUGGCCAAGUUCGUCGUCUUCGAGAAGGUUGCUGAGCAGGUCUUCCGCCGCGUCGACAAGUCCACUCUCUCUGACGGUGCUAUCACCGGUGUCAACCUCGGAUCUGGUCUCGUUGCUGGUUUCGCCGCCGCCAUCGUUUCCCAGCCCGCUGACACUAUGCUGAGCAAGAUCAACAAGACCCCCGGUCUCCCCGGUGAGGGUACCGUCUCCCGUCUGAUCAAGAUCGGUAAGGAGCUCGGCCUCCGUGGCUCUUACGCCGGUAUUGGUGCUCGUCUCUUCAUGGUGGGUACCUUGACAGCAGGACAAUUUGCUAUUUACGGAGACAUCAAGCGUCUGCUCGGUGCCACGGCCGGUGUGGAGAUCGCCAAAUAAGGUUGUGCACGUGACAUGAGAGCGGAGGUGAAAGUCCCAAGUGCCACAGCGGGAGUCGGUUCCAAGAAAGACUACUUUGCCCCUGUGGUGGCGCAAGUUAGAGAUUUGUAUCAUACAGGGAAGAAAUAGUGAGCUGCAUAUUGAUUUACUCGCACAGUGGAACUUGUAUCUUCUAGAAUUACAGUCGAGGAAUAUUUAUGAACAGGAACGGGUUCUAGAUAAUAGAAGGAUUCGUCUAGUCGCAAUCAAGUACUGAUUCAGAUCAUCAGCCAUACCUGGG